AGCUAGCUAGUGUUUAAAUAAAAUGAUUAUUGACAUAAAGAAAUAUUUGAAGGUAGCGCCGGGCACCCCAUUCUCAAAGGUGGGGCUGCCCUCCCUUCACCUGCUAGCCAUGUACGCCCCAUUUUGUUUCAGUUGGGAUGCCGUUGUGCUUUGGUUUGUGCUCUACAUUAUCACCGGCAUAGGAAUGACGGUCUCUUAUCAUAGGAAUUUGUGCCACAAGAGUUUCAAGCUCCCCAAAUGGCUUGAGUACAUGCUUUCCUAUUUUGGUGUUCUUGCUUUGCAGGGGGACCCGAUUGGUUGGGUGAGCACCCAUAGACACCACCACAAGUACACUGAUUCAUUGAAAGAUCCUCACAGCCCCAACGAUGGUUUUUGGUUCAGUCACAUGGGAUGGAUCUACGACACCAAAAACGCUGACGAAAGGAGUAGAAAGGCAUCAAAUGUAGGAGACUUGGAGAGCCAGGCCUUCUAUAUCUUCAUCCGAAAGACCUACCUUCUCCAUCAUAUUCUAUUUGGGGCUCUCCUAUUCUCCAUUGGAGGAUUCCCUUACAUUGUUUGGGGCAUGGAUUGUAUGGGGGUUCCAUGUAACAUUUCUUGUGAAUUCUGCGUGUCACAUUUGGGGAAGCCAAGCAUGGAACACCAGCGACUUAUCCAGAAACAAUUGGAUGGUGGCGCUGGUGACAUUCGGGGAAGGGUGGCACAACAACCACCACGCCUUUGAGUACUCGGCGAGGCAUGGGCUGGAGUGGUGGCAGCUCGACACGGCUUGGUGCACUAUUUGGGUCCUCCACAAGUUAGGGCUGGCUACAAGUGUGAAGCUCCCCACAGAUGCCCACAAGGCAAAGAUGGCUUUCAAUCAUAAUAAUAAUAAUAAUAAUAAUAAUAAUAAUAAUAAUAAUAAUAAUAAUAAUAAUAAUAAUAAUAAUAAUAAUAAUAAUAAUAAUAAUAAUAAUAAUAAUAAAUAAAGAGGCCUCAACAAUGUCUUUCAGCACUGCCCUUCCUCCUCGUCCUCUCAUCGUGAAGUAGACUGUGUGGCAUACGUAUUAAAUAAUAAUUGUACGUGCUUUUAAUUGGUUUGCACGGGCUGGCUGGCUAGUUAUAGUAUCGUACGUGCAUGGCAGUUAUAAUUAUUGUACGUGACAUUGGGAGGAUUAUAUUACCGCGUCUCCCACAUAUGUCGUCCCACUUCCCAUCUUCAAUUCUUACUUUUCACUCCUCGGAUGCGUUAAUAAAUGUCUUUGUUAAAU